AUGUUUAAAGUUUUACCCUCCUCUUUGCUGUUGAAAAGCUCAGCUAGAAUAAAAAGAAACAUCUUGUACAAGCCCAUUAUUAGUUUUACGUCGCCAACGGUGGUUACUCCAAGAUUUUUGUCAACAACUUUACCAAGAUUACAUGGCCAUUUACACAAACCAAAACCAGGAGAAGAAUUACACUGUACCUUUAUUUUGAAAGAUGGCACUCAAAAAAAAUUUACAGUUGCUAAGGGUGACACUUUAUUAGAUAUUGCCCAAGGCCAUAACUUAGAUAUGGAAGGCGCCUGUGGUGGUUCAUGUGCCUGUUCUACCUGUCAUGUUAUAGUUGACCCUGAAUACUAUGAUUUAUUGCCAGAACCUGAUGAUGACGAAAACGAUAUGUUAGACUUAGCUUACGGUUUAACUGAAACCAGCAGAUUGGGCUGUUGUAUCAAAAUGAAUAAGGAUAUAGAUGGCAUUAGAGUUGCUUUACCUCAAAUGACUAGGAACGUUCAAACAAGUGAUUUUUAUAAUAUGAAUAAAACACAAAAUGAACAACAACAAAAACAUCAUAGAAGCAAUACCGUUACAAGUAGUAGUAAGAUACCUCAACUUUUAAACACUAAAAACAAUACUUAUACCAAUAUCCUUCCUCUUAAAAGAAAUAAUAUAACUGUUUUUUUAAAGCAAGAACGUUCCAAAAUUCCAAAAUUGCAUUCUGUCCAGAGUACUACUUCAGUUGAAAAUAGUCCCGCUGUAACCACCAAUAAUAAUACAAGAAGACAUACUACUAUGUUUCAUUCAAUUGUAAAUGGUAACACCGCUACAACCGGUGAUAACUCAAUAUCAUACAAACCAUUGCAUCGUAGAACAACCCUAUCAUUCGGAUACCAUAGCAACAAUGAUAAUAAUAACAACAACAACAACAACAACAAUCAACAGGUGAUUGCUGAAAACGACCACACAGCCAAGUUUAAUAGAAAAUUAAGUUUAGGUCCAAGUGGAAGAAGUACACAGAAAAUAUCUUUUUAUAGCGAUCCGCAAGUUAUUGAAGAAAUGACUAAUAAACAAAGGAAAUUGCUAAAAAAUAUGUCAAUUUAUAAAAAAACAAUCAAUGGAAUUGACGAGGAAAUUGAAGUUUUACAAAAAGAGACUAUACCGAAUUUAAAAUACACUAUUAAUAAAAAGGCAACGCUGAUAAAUAAAUUACGUAGCGACAUAGACGCGAUUGAUUUGAAGAUACAAGACUUGCACAAAAAAAAAAAUUCACUGGUGUUGAAUAAUGAACUCAAAUUAGAAAACAUGAAAUUGGAAAAUGAUAUCAAGUUACAAAAUAUGGAAAAUGAAUUUUUUGAGAAAUUUAAUGAUUACAAACGAAAUAUUAUUGAAGAAUCCCAGGAACGAUUGAGAGUCUACAAACUUGAGAAAUUACAAGAAUGUGAGCUAAAUACGCAAAGUGAAGAGUUGAAUGAAUUGUUAGUGAAACGGAAGAAUGCUUUGAAAGCUUUACAAUUAGAAAACUUGGAUAAGAUUAGUAAACUUCGAGGCGAUUUGACUCACCGCUUUGAAAACUUUAAAAUCACCGAAAACGAACCGAUAAAUGCAUUGUUACGAGAAAGAGACGAAAGACUAAAUGUUAAUUAUGGUAGAUUAGAACAUAAAAAAAGGGAGCUUUUGGAACAGAUUGAAAUUAAAAACGGAUUGAAAUUAAAAUUACAAGACGACUUGGUGAUUUUACAAAAAACUUUGAAAAAUUUACAAAAUAACCAAGAUUUGAGACAAAAUUUGGAAAAUUUGAAGAAAAAUGAUUAUGAAAUUCUAUCUGAAAAGUUACGCAUAAGGGGAGAACAGGUUUCAGCUUUGGAACAUGCAUAUAAUAGCACCUUUGAUAGAAUGGAACAGGAACAAAAACAUAGAAGAGAGUUGGAAAAUUCCAUAGAUGAAUUGAGCGGUUGUAACGUUAGAAACUUUGCUCGCAUUUCCUGUAAAAUUGGCGCCAAUUUAAAAAUCAAUUAUAUGGACAAAGAGAUUGUAGUUUGUGGCGAUGCUGCUAAUAAAUUAAGAUUUAACAGAAUUUUCCCCAUGGAUCUAGUUACACAAGAUGAAAUUUUCAAUGACGAAUGCGAGAUUUUUUUCAAGGAUUGUUUUAGCAAUAAAACAAGCUUCAGUAUUUACAAUAUGUAUGAGGUGAAUGAUGAUUUUGAAGAUAGGUAUUUAAUGAGGUCGAGCUUUAUGAAAAGUUUGCAGCGUUAUGUGAGUGACACUGAUGGAUUUGAUCAAGCUCAGUGCGUUAUAGUGAAUGAUAAUAAUAACAGCAACAAAAACAAUGAUUUAACUUCUUUGGAUGUGUUGAAUCCAGCUUCUACUGAUAACAUAAGUAUAAGUCUAUUACCAUCAGGUAAUGGCGAAAACAAUAAAAUUUCAAUUGAAUUAAAUUCCUCUGUCAUCAAAAACAAUUGGGAUGCCUUAAUAAGGGACUUAGAUAUUUUAAAAGAUUUUGAGUAUUAUAAAGAAUAUUUAACCGAUGGGAUAUUAAUUUUAAAUAUUAAAUGUGCCAAUAAAAUGGAAAUCUUUUACAUUGAGCAACAACAGUUAAAUCUUUUACACCUACAUCAAAAGAAUGAUAGUAUUAACCAUAUGAACAGUGACAAGAAUGAUUUCACUAACAAAUUAUUUAAGAAAAUAAUUGAAGAAACAAAACCUGUAUUGAUAACUAACGUUUAUAAUGGCUCUAAAUUGUUAUAA